CUGUAGGUGAAUACAGCCAGGGUACAAUUACUUUAAUACUACUACUUGCUUCAUUUGCAUGUAUGGCGACUAAUGAGGUGAAAGGGGAAUGAAGGGAUGCUGAAGGAGGCUGUUGUUGCCACCGGCGGAGCUCACGCAGAAGGCAACAAAUAGCAGACAGUGGUGCUUGCUAACAAACCUUUUACAGUCUGCUUCAGAAACAAAUCUUCACAAGACAACCAACACGCUGAAUGUAAACGAAGAGGCGGUCACAUGUGCACCAUCAAGGAGAGAAGAUGGCACUGGUUGUGGUUGGUGCACUCCUGUGCCUGUCCUGUUGGGCCUCUUUCUACUUUCUCUUGUGUUACGUUAACCGGUCCAGGAGCUACGAGUGGAACUGUCGCCUUGUCACCCUGUUUCACGGCAUCCUGGCAGUCUGCAUCACAGGAUACAUAGGCUAUGUGGACGGACCCUGGCCUUUCACUUAUCCAGGUACCAAGAACACUCCUCUGCAGAUAAGUGCCAUGGUGGUGAGCCUGGGCUACUUCAUUUUUGACAUGGCCUGGUGUGUGUACUUCCGCACAGAGGGGCCCGUUAUGCUGGCCCACCAUACCAUGAGCAUCCUGGGAAUCCUGCUGACCCUGUGGUUGGGGGAGUCUGGCAUCGAGUCCUGCGCGGUGCUCUUUGGCAGUGAAAUCACCAACCCCCUCCUGCAGGCACGCUGGUUCCUUAAACAGACGGGACAUUACGGGACGCUGCUGGGGGACGUUGUGGACGUCCUGUUCGUGCUGCUGUUUGUGGUGAUGCGAGUCUUUGUGGGAGGCACAAUGCUGUACUGUGAGCUGAUCUCCCCGAGACCCAGAUUCUUUAUCAAGUGUGGGGGAGUGGCUAUGUACGCUCUAUCCUGGGUGUUUAUGGUGGACAUUGUUCGAUUUGCCAUUCGGAAAAGCAAGAGCUGGCACAAACAGAAACAAGACCAGCAAGAGAUGGUGGCAGCUAACGGUCACGACGGGAAGAAGGACUGAUCGGCUUGUGCUUCUCUUAAGAAAAUCUGUGUCUGUGUUUAUCACUUUGGACGCACAAGGGAAAGUGCAAAAUCAACUUUUUGUAUGUUAAACUGAGAUUUUAAAAAGGGAUAUUUCAAUGUAAUAGUUUUCUAUGUUGAGAAAUAUCCUGUGACAUCUGUCUAUAAGGUCUAACACCUGUGCAUUUUUUUGAAAAAGCUAUUUUUUAUGCAGCUGAACACAUGUUUGAUUAUUGUAUAAAAUGUACAGUUAACAAACACCACAGAUGUAGUUUAUGUCACUGAAAACCAAAGCACUUACUAUAAACACACGGACAGAUGUUGCUUUCAGUUGCAGUGAACUGUGGCCUAGUCAUAUGUGGCAGUGCUGCUCGGGCGGAAAGCUCAAUGUUAGGAAAGAGAAAGUUUACAUGUAAUGCCUGUUCUCUUUGUGAAAUAUUGUUUUA